AUGUCUACACUAAACCUCGAAAAAAGUGAUGGUUUAUUAGAAGCUAGUAGUGAACCUAUUAAUCCUGACACUUAUUUCAUAACUCAUACGGCUCCAGAAUCUUUGGAGGCAGACGAGAAAAGGGUAAAAGAAUUCGUGGGCAAACAUGCAGAAACGCUGGAACAAGGGGAGCAACAUCCGCUGAAUAUCCUUUUGCUUGAUUUACUCUUGCGUGUCAAAAAAAUCUUUGAUCUGUUCCUUAACCAAUUAGACUAUUAUAACACAUAUUUUCUUGAAGCCGGCUAUGCUGUUAUUUUUAUGCACAGAAAAUACAGUCUUCAACCAUAUAAUCGACAUUUUUCGCAAUAUUCAGCCUUGGAUUUAAUGGAACUGAAAUCGGAUGGGUCUAUUUGCGUUUCUCCUGCACAUAUGGAUAAAAUUAAAAAUGCGCUAGCAAAGUAUCAAGAGUUUAAAAGAAAAGAAAUGAUUUUGAUGAUUGAUUUUCUUACUGUGAAUGAUUACCUUUUCUUGCUUCGGAGUGUUACACAAGCGAUGAAUCAGCUAAAACGAUGUGCCCUUUAUUAUCUCGCUGCAGCUGCUGAACAUAAAAUCCAAUCGGGUGCUGGACCUAUGACCCUUAAAAUGGAUCAGGUCCCAAAAUUUCUAAGGCCAUUGGUUUCUAAUUGGGCUCCUCAAGGAUAUACUGUUUCAUUUAAGCUUGAAACAGAACCGGAUCUUUUGAUUCCCAAAUCAAGGCAAGCGCUGCUCCGUUAUGGCCAUCAAAUAGUAAUUGGAAACUUGUUGACUAAACGUAAGAGUGAAGUAAAUUUAAUCACUCAUGAUGCAGAAAUGGAACUAAAAUUAUCUAAAGAGGAAAUGAGAGAUGGAGUCGAGAUCGAAAGUAGAAUAGUGAAUGAACUGGUAAAGAGACACGAAGAAUGGAUCAAACAGCGUACCUCUAAUGAUUUUUGA